AAGACACACCCACUAUUGCCUUUCCUUGGAAUAAAGGAUGGGCAUUGCGUGAAAAUUUUGCAUAUGGUAAACGAGGUGGGGGUAAACGGAUGUCAGAUGCGGUUAAAAAAAUGCUUAAACAAAUGUUCUUGCAAGGGAAUAUUCAUGCUAAGGACCGGAUGAUGGCUACUGAUAUGUAUAAUAGGUUGAAAGAAUUUGCAAAUAAUGGUGAGUUAGAGCAAGACGAAGUGCCAAAAGUUUUAACAAUCCAAAGAUGGAUAUCACAAUACCAUAAAAUGUUUUUGGAGCAGGCCACAAGAACUGCGUUAGACCCUAAUUUGGAUAAUGGUCUUUCAACAGAUAGUACAUAA